UCCGCGAAGGUGAUUGGCUGAAGCGGCCGGCCGCGGGGGGCGGGACCCGGUUGCCAGGGAGCGGCGCGGGCGCCCCGAGGGGACUGCGGCGGCUGCGCGGAGGCGCGCGGCGCUCGCUGGGGUCGGGGCGGCGCGACGGCGCAGGGGCUGCGGGAGGCGCCGCGCAGGCAGGGCCGUUCCGGGCGCAGAGGCGCCGCCGCCAUUGCCGCUCUCUCGGUGAGCGCAGCCCCGCUCGCCGGGCCGGGCCUCCGCGGGCCACCGGCGCCAUGGGCCAGUGCGGCAUCACCUCCUCCAAGACCGUGCUGGUCUUUCUCAACCUCAUCUUCUGGGGGGCAGCUGGCAUUUUAUGCUAUGUGGGAGCCUAUGUCUUCAUCACUUAUGACGACUAUGACCACUUCUUUGAAGAUGUGUACACCCUCAUCCCUGCUGUAGUGAUCAUAGCCGUAGGAGCCCUGCUUUUCAUCAUUGGGCUGAUUGGCUGCUGUGCCACAAUCCGGGAAAGUCGCUGCGGUCUUGCCACGUUUGUCAUCAUCCUGCUCUUGGUUUUUGUCACAGAAGUUGUUGUAGUGGUUUUGGGAUAUGUUUACAGAGCAAAGGUGGAAAAUGAGGUUGAUCGCAGCAUUCAGAAAGUGUAUAAGACCUACAAUGGAACCAACCCUGAUGCUGCUAGCCGGGCUAUUGAUUAUGUACAGAGACAGCUGCAUUGUUGUGGAAUUCACAACUACUCAGACUGGGAAAAUACAGAUUGGUUCAAAGAAACCAAAAACCAGAGUGUCCCUCUUAGCUGCUGCAGGGAGACUGCCAGCAAUUGCAAUGGCAGCCUGGCCCACCCUUCCGACCUCUAUGCUGAGGGUUGUGAGGCUCUAGUUGUGAAGAAGCUACAAGAAAUCAUGAUGCACGUGAUCUGGGCUGCGCUGGCAUUUGCAGCUAUUCAGCUACUGGGCAUGCUGUGUGCCUGCAUCGUGUUGUGCAGAAGGAGUAGAGAUCCUGCUUAUGAGCUCCUCAUCACUGGCGGAACCUAUGCGUAGUUGACAACUCCAGCCUGAGCUUUUUGGCCUUGUUCUGAUUUGGAAGGUGAAUUGAGCAGGUCUGCCGCUGCUGGCCUCCGGAGUUCAUUUAGUUAAAGCACAUGUACACUGGUGUUGGACAGAGCAGCUUGGCUUUUCAUGUGCCCACCUACUUACCUACCCACCUGCGACUUUUUUUCCCUUGUUCCAGCUGACUCUUCAUGCCCCUAAGAUUUUAAGUACAGUGGUGAACGUUCUAAUUUCAGAACCAACUGCGAGUCAUGUAGUGUGGUAGAAUUAAAGGGGGACACAAGCCGGCUUCUGUUACCUCCAAGCAGUAACAGGACUGAUGCCGAAACGUCACCAGGUCCCUUCAGUCUUCACAGUGCAGAACUCUUGGCCAAAGGUUUUUUGGGGGGAGGAGGAGGAGGAAGCCAGCUAUCUGGUUAAGGUUAACACCAGAUGGUACCCCUCAUCAAUGUCCUUUUAAGAAGUAUUUACUGUAGUCCAAUAAGAUAGCAACUGUACAGAAUGACUAAAAUAGAUUUUAGGAUCAUAUGGUGUAUAUAUUGGUUCAUCUUCAAAAUCAGAGACUGAUCUUUGAAACUAGUGGUUUUUAAUCAAAGCUGGCUUUAUAGGAGGAGUAUAAUGUAUGCACUACUGUUUUAAAAGAAUUAGUGUGAGUGUGGUUUUGGAUGAAUGAGCCCAUUCAUGGUAAGUCUUAAGCUUGUUAGAAAUAAUGUACCCAUGUAGACUAGCAAAAUAGUGUGUAGAUGUGAUCUCAGCUGUAAAUAGAAAAACCUAAUUCAAUAAACUCUGCAUCAGCCCCCAACA